AUGAAGUUCACUGCUGCCAUUGGCGUUGCUGCCCUAUCCAUGGCCCCGUCGGCUGUGGCCUGGAAGCUGCCUCAUGUCGGCAAGGCUGCUGUCGUUGCCAGUUCUUCUAGCGGUUUCCCAUCUGGAACCCCAUCUGGAACCCCAUCUGGGACCCCAUCUGGGACCCCAUCUGUAACUCCCUCUGCAACUCCCUCUGCAACCCCAACUGGAUGGCCCACUGAAUUGCCCUUCAUCCCUGGAGGUCCUGAACAUGAAGUUCCUGGCCACGAAGGGCCCGGUCAUGGAGGACAUGGCCACGAAGGACACGGCCAUGGCGAACAUCGUCACGGACCUGGCCACAAGGAACCCGGUCUGGGAGGAAAUGGUCGCCGCCAUGGAUUCAAGUUCAUCAACUCCCUCAGCAGCACCCCCACCGGCACCCCCACCGGCACCCCCACCGGUACUCCUACCAGAACCCCCACCAGAACCCCUACCAGAACCCCUACCAGCACCCCUACUGGAUACCCCUCGAGUACCGGUGCCCCUCCUGGAUUCCCCGAUGGCUUCUCCGGUAGCCAGACUAGCGGUCCGUUCACCAUUCUGCCUAUCGCUGCCGAGCCUGAUGCCGCUGGUGAGCCCGGAGACUUCGCCCGUCUUCAUGCCCGUCAGAUGUUGUUUUAG